CAACAGCGGAAACAAGGCAACUCGGGUCACCCACCGUUUCCUUCAAUCGGAAGAGAGCUAUAGGGGAAAGGAGCCGCCAGGGAGAAGAAACAGAACGGAGCGAGGAGCCAUGGCCGCCAGGAAUUUCUUAGUCCGAUCCCCCAAGGAGGAGGAAUCCAGCGCUGCCGUCCGAGAGGCUGUCUUGUUGGGAGGGAAGAACGCCGCCAUUGCUGGUACUGUGGUUGCGGUUCCCACGUUGGUUGCUUGCCGUGUCCUUCCUUGGGCUAAGCAUAAUCUGAACUACACCGCACAAGCACUCAUCAUAUCGGCAGCCUGUAUCGCUGGCUUCUUCAUCACCGCAGAUAAAACCAUCCUGCGGAACGCAAGACAGAACACCAUUGGGAGGAUCGACAAGUCGACUUGAUCCAGGACUGUACAGAACCGAGGCUGAUGCGAAUCGCGUCAAAACUCCCCUCUGUUCCAUCCAUGGAUGGUGAUGCACGACUGUAAGUUUCAGGCUUAUUUUGUACCUAACCUUGCAAUGUAAAGACUAAAGAGAGUUGCUGCCUGCUAGGGCAGUGGACCCCGUUUGCUCCCAAUUGGAAGUGGACUAAGAGAUGGGAUGCUUAGUUAAAACUGUUGUUGUGUUGUCAGUGUACUUCAGUUCUGUUCAGUUAAAACUAAUAACUGAACCGAAAUUUCAGUUCCAAAAUAAUUUGGUUCUUGAUCUGCCAAAGAAA